GUGACACGCAGAGUAUCCACACUACGGUAUCCUGUGAAGCCAUGGCCUCCAGUCUUCCUCUCCUCCUGUUGGUCCUGUGCAGUCUGAAUGUGGCUCAGUCACAGCUGAGGCUGUUUAACCUGCGAGCCAGCGGUCUUCCCUCUGACCUGUUUGGAACCACAGACGGCUACACCAAGGUGUUCUGUGGCUCAGCCGCUCUGGGUACAACCACCGUCCGUAAAAACGAUGCCAACCCCUGGUGGGAGGAGGAGUUUGUCGACCUCAAGGCCCAGGAAAACUACGUACUGAGGCUCGAGGUGUACGACAGUGACCUUGUCUACGAUGACCUGCUGGGAGUCUGCCAGCGUCGUCUCAAGCUGGGAACCCAUGAGCACGACUGCUUCCUGGAGAAAGGUGGCACCCUCCAUUACGCCUACACCCUUGACUGAGACAGUCAUCAGGCCUGAAAAGAUUUAUCUGACCUUAAAUCUUUACAUGCAACCUGCUGAGUGCUUAGGCUCUCUGUCCCAAAUCUAUGAUCUGUCAUUUAGGAUAAGAGAAAAACUAGUCACUCAAACUUAUUACCUGAAUCAAUAAACACUGUUCUAGUGAAAUUGUCACAGUAUAUCAUUGGCUAUUUGACCCUGUUUCCAAUAUUGUCAAAAAUAAAUAAACUCUGCUGCAACA